CAAGCUGAAGAGCGUAGACGCAGUUCUCUCGCCUGUCGAAGGCGGGACUUGCACUGGAGCAUAUCGUGUAGGCGGAGCGUAUGCACCGUUUUCUAUGCAAAAUUCAUGACAGCGUCGCUUUGAUAACUUCAAGUGAACACCACACUUCAAUGCUCAAUUCAUAUUGCAAAUCUGUACAGAGAGGGAGGUGUAUUAAGGUGUGCUGCUGUUGUAAACACAAAAUGACGUUUCUCUAGCAGCAAAGAAGUUUUAAAAUGCUGACAUUCAUCGGAGUAAAAAUUACUAUGUUCAAUUUUUGCUCUUUGUGACUAUACUGCAGAUGCACAAUGUGGUUAUUAAACAAGGAUAUCGUUGAUUAAUGGAGAUCUCAGGGCUCUGUGUAAAAUAUGAUCGUGUACUAUUCCAUACCGGCUUUGCUAGCUGCACUGUGCUACAUGAACGGACAGCACGGGGAUUUCGUGCACGACGACGUGAUGGCCAUUUCUCACAAUCGUGACGUCACCGGUCAGUCUGACGUAGUGGAGGUGUUCUACCAUGACUUCUGGGGACAGCCCAUGUGGGACCCAUCCAGCCACAAGUCGUACAGGCCACUGUGUGUAUUAUCCUUCAGGUUGGACUACUCCCUCGGCGGCGGCAGCUCAACAUGGUUUCACCGUGUCAACAUCCUUCUGCACGUGCUGGUCACGUGUCUGGUGACGCACGUGUCUCUCAGUGUGCUACAGGCUCCGGCUGUGACCUCGACCCUGGCGGCGUCACUGUUUGCGGUCCACCCAAUCCACACGGAAGCU